CCUUAUGAAAAGAAAGGCUGCCUUGCCCCUAUUUUGCUGCUUUACGUAACACACCAAGGACCAACGGAAAAUUCAAGUGAGGAGCUGGGGUGAAAAAAUUUCGCCGAGGCUCAUACCCUUACCAAUUGAAGAUGGCACCUCCGUUCCGCGCCGAGCAAUUGGGCUCUUUAUUGAGGCCUGCCGAACUACUUGAAGUUCGUGCCGCUAUCCGGGAUAAGGGCAUCUCAGCAGAGGAAGCUGGACUACCUGCUGUCGAGAAGAAAGCAAUUGGUGAAGUUGUUAAGCUGCAACAAGAGUUGGGGCUUAAAGGUGUUAACUCAGGCGAGUAUAAUCGAACGCGAUUCUGGGGUCUCUUCUGGGAUGAGAUCGUGGGCACUAUCGGCCUACAAGAUGCCGAGGCUAGCAUGUUUCGGUUGUACCAUCCCGAUGUCGUGAGUUUGAUCGAGCAGGACAGGAAGGUUUUCCCUGGAGAAUCGGUCAUUGCUGGGAGCAAGCUAUCGCACGAUCCUAGCAAGUCUGUCUCUAACUUGAACGAACUCCGGGCUGUUCAGGCCUUUGUUCCUGAGAGUGAAUGGGGUAACAUCAAACUCACUAUGAUUGCGCCAUCGUGGUUCCACAUGAGGUACAAGCAAGGGCGCGCGUACACUAAAGAGGCCUAUGCCAAUGACGCCGAAUACUUUGCAGACGUAGCCAAGGUCUAUAAUGCCGAAUUACAGCACCUGUAUAAGGCCGGGCUACGGAAUGUCCAAUUCGAUGACCCGGGAAUGGCUUACUUCUGCUCUCAGGACUUCCGAAAAGGAUGGGAGGAAGAUAAGGACAAUAUCGGGACGUGGGAGGAUCUCCUAGAUGCCUACAUCAAGCUAUAUAACGACUCGAUCCGCGGUUUACCGGCUGACUUCCACUCGGGAAUCCACCUAUGCAGAGGGAACUUCAUAGGAGGCAGGCACUUUGCUACCGGAGCCUACGAUAUCAUCGCUAAGAAGCUCUUCGAGGAGUUGGACGUCAACACCUUCUACCUCGAAUACGAUACUGAGCGCGCGGGAGGCUUCGAACCCCUUAAGUACCUGCCUAAGAAUAAGAACGUCGUUGUUGGUGUCAUCAGCACAAAAGUGCCGCAGCUAGAGGAUAAGGAGACCACGAAGGAGCGUAUCUACAAGGCGGCAGAAUUUGUUGCGGCAGGAAGCGGCCAAUCUCGCGAAGAAGCGCUGAAGAGGAUUUGCAUCAGCCCUCAGUGUGGUUUCAGUACUCAUGAGAGCGGAUACCCUCUGACGGUGGAGGACGAGAAGAAGAAGCUAUCGCUAGUGAGGCAAAUUGCCGAUGAAAUCUGGGGCGAGCCUUAGAUAUAUACAUGACAUUCGAAUUCUGGGUCGACGGCGGUAAAUAACAUUGGAAAAGGCUUAGCGGCGCAUACUUGGUUACUUCAACAGUCCAAAAAUGGGUUUCACGGCUAAAAUAAGGGCGGCGGCAGGGGUUAGGACGGAUGGAUUCAAUGAACAUACCUG